CGGAGGCUGGUUUUCGGCCCGAGGGUCGGAAGAGUUCUAAGUGCCUGCAAAAGGGACGCCGACGUGCUGGAACGCGCGUCCGACUGUUCGGAAAAGGCUAAUAGGAGAAAAGAGAAAUUAAUUCUUUUGGGGUGGAUCCAAGACAGCUGCUCCAAAAAGAGACUCCCAAAGAUGUCAACUCAAGGCCAUACCUGGGCCCGACAGGUAAAGAAGGAAGAUGAGGAAGAGGACCCGCUGGACCAGCUGAUCUCCCGUUCUGGCUGUGCCGCUUCCCAUUAUGCAGUACAAGAGUGCAUGGCCCAGCACCAGGACUGGCGACAGUGUCAGCCACAGGUACAGGCCUUCAGGGACUGCAUGAGUGAACAGCAGGCAAGGCGGCGGGAGGAGCUGCAGAGGAGGAAAGAGCAAGGCGGUGCCCACCACUGAGACCCCAAACCACUUAUCCCCAGAGAAUGGCCCUAUAGAAACUAGCACCCAGAGAGAUCUUGGGAAGAAGUCCUGAACAGCGGAAGUGUGGGCCAAGAGGUAUAAAACUCGGGGAUUAUCUUUGGCUAAGACUGACGUUGAGAGCCCGGCAGCUGUGGGUUUGGACAUAACUGCUGUAAAGAGCUGUGAUACUGCUUUCUCGUGUGGCGGUGAGAGCGAGAGUGCGCCAUGUAGGCUUCGGGA